CGAGGUCAAGGUUACCACUAACUAGGAAUUUAUUGUAGUGUGAGGAGAGAGUUGGAUCGGAAGUCUAGGAUCAAGGUGCAUCCUAGUGACUUGCUCGCCGUAGAAAUCUUUGUCUGUACUUAAAAGCCACAAUGGCCCAUGAUAGUGAACCCUUGUACGACUCUCGUAACACUCUUUCCCCUCCCCCGCCUCCAUCAGGAAAUGCAGAGAGCGGAAGUGAGCGCAUAAAGCCUAUACGAAUAGACUUUCCGCAAAAACAUGAUGCAAGGCCUCAAACUUAAAGAGAUUGUUCCCCUGGCAUACUGCAUAGGAAUUGCUGCAGUGACUGCCCAGGUCUUCGACCCCAAUCUAGGAACAUCGUCGGGAUGGGACCCUGCCACGGUCGGCACGAACAAGACGACCAAUGUUACGUACUCGAAUCCUGUCAUGACCCUCAAUGUCGGUGAUCCAUUCAUGACGAAAUACAGCGACCCUAGUGGCAAGAACUGGUAUCUGUUCACGUACACGACCAAUUCCAACAUAACCCUCAAACGGUCGAGAUAUCUCACCGACAAUUGGGACCAUGCAGAGUCGCGCGUCAUCUUCAACCCAGAUCCCCUUUCUGGAGACCCUUGGUCGACAAGUCUUUGGGCACCAGAGAUACAUAAUAUCUCAGGGUCUUGGUAUGCGAUAUUCACGGCUACUUCAGACGGAGAAAAUCCACCACCGUUGCUAGAUGCCAUGUGCCCGUUCAAUUGCCCCGCUGUCAACCACCGCAUGUUUGUCCUAGCAGCCGACGGUCCGGAUCCAUGGACCGCGAGUUAUUCGUUGAAACCCAUGCUAGACACAUACGACCAAUUCGCCAUCGACGGGACAUACUUCCAACACGAAGACAAAUUGUACCACAUCUACUCAUGCUGGCAAGACAAGUACUCAGCCUGGCCAGCCAACCUGUGUAUCACUAAGAUGUCCGAUCCAUGGACUGUGAACUCGACUUUCCUUGAGCGCCGCAUCAUCAGCGUGCCGGACCAGCCCUGGGAACAAGUACCCUAUGGAAGACCGAUCAGGCUCGCGACCAACGAAGGACCCCAGCAGCUGAUAAAUCCUAAUACAGGACAGAACUUUGUGAUAUACUCAGCCGCGCGAGUCAAUACGCCGUUUUACUGCCUCGGAAUGCUGGAGCUCGUCGGAAAUGACCCCAUGCAAUAUCAAUCGUGGAAGAAGCGCACAGAGGGCUGUGUAUUCCACCAGAAUACGGUUGCAGGAGUUUACGGGCCCGGCCAUGCCUCCUUCACAACAUCGCCUGAUGGAAAGGAGGACUACCUCGUCUAUCACGCGCAGACGACGGCAAAUCCGCCCGGGGAUAUUUUCCGAACUGCGCGGAUACAGAAGUUCACAUGGAAUGAUGAUGGCACGCCUAGAUUCCCUCUGGCUGAGAACGGACCGUUCAAUGUACCGGCUGGACAGAAGGAGUUGACGCAAUAGGUAGGGAGAUUAGUUAAACAUGGUAUGAUAGACUUUUCUAUAACCUCUAAGCAUAAUGUCAAUUGGGUAUCCAAAUCCAAUUCCUAAUCUAACUAGUGACUGAAUUGCGGCAACGCGCAAGUUUGUAUCAUAGAGAUUCUAUGCUAGGUAAUGAGUGAUAGGAGAUUUACACGAUAGGUCGUGUAUAACCAUGAUGAAUCGUUGCCGCAAUUGAUAAACCCCAAACUCGAACAUCAAACAAGCUAUCGAGCAUUUCUUUCCAAUGGGUAUUCCCGCGUAUCCUUUGUAAAACUUCCAUCUCGCGAUCCAGCGCAAGGAACUCCCAUACUAAAUACGGGGUAAAAAGCCAAACCAACCCAGAUGAUCACGCCUAGAGUCGUUCUUCGGCCUAUCGACCUCGUUCUUGAAGGCGCCCAAGACG